GUCAGGUCAGGAUCAGAUUGCAAGUUUCUGUGAGCAGAAGGAGGUGCUGUUUCGUAAGAGAUUGUUCUUGGUUCCAGACCAGCUCGAAAGUUGAAUUUUACAAUUUUUUGAAAAGAAAGCCAGCUUUUAUCUUCAAUUUUGUUUCUCUUGCCGUCUGGACAUCGAUUAUGCCAAUAGGACAUCUCGCUAAAAUCGGAAUCGGCUGGGGCAUCAUCACGGUAGCUGGCAUCGGUGGGUUUGUCUACUCGAAGCGUUACGUCGACAAGAAUCGCUAUGAGAACAUGAAAAUUCGUGAACGCAUGCGAAAAUCAAACGAAGGAGAGUACACCGUCGAAUCGCCCCGCAGAUACGAAGCCUAGAAGCUUUUGAACCACCCCGGAAUCAUCAGUGGAACCUACUACCUCGGAGAGGAUAACCUUAUCAAUUUAAAUCAAAAAACAAAUCUGUAAAAUGAGUGCCCAACAGCUGGACGCGGCCACCCAGGCCAAACUGCAACUGAUGCAGGAGAUGGAAGUGGAGAUGAUGUCGGAUCUGUACAGCCGGAUGACCACGGCCUGCCACAAGAAGUGCAUCCCGCCAAAGUACUCGGACGCGGAGCUGGGCAAGGGCGAAUCCGUAUGCCUGGACCGGUGCGUGGCCAAGUAUCUGGAGAUUCACGAGCGGAUAGGCAAGAAGCUGACGGCCAUGUCCGCCCAGGAUGAUGACCUCAAGAAGAAGAUGGGCGCCUAAGGGAGGCACGGAGGAAGGAACUGCAACUAGUGCAAAGAGUUUGGUUUGAAUUAGAUUUUUUUUUCUUGUUCUAUCCUUGCGGAUGUUGUUGGUUGGAAUAGUUGGAAUGUUGUAAGCGAAACACUAAAAAUUGUUGUAACUUGAGCUAAGCGUGGCAUAAGUUUUAUUAUGUAUGCACCGUGACAAGUGACACUGAGUGAGUUUUGCCAAGUGAGGAAAUAUAAUUAAAGCUAUGAAAA